UUUGAGAAUUCAAAGUCAGUGUUGUACAACUGCAUUGCUUUAAAUCAGGAGUGAUUGUUAAACCAUCAGCAUUAGAAUGUUCAAUCGCGAUAAUUUUAAUCACAUAUUUGAGAUCUUACACCUUCAAGGGUUUAUUGCAAUUAGAAUAGUUUUCCUCCUGGGAAGUAGGGUAUAAAACCUACUGUUUUUAACAUGUUUGGAAUCUGUGUACAUUUUGGAACAACUAUCAGCAAAAGUGAAAUUUCUCCAGUGGACCAUGCAGUGGUAAGGUGCUAGUCUGUGCGGAGGGAAAUCACCUGACAGUGAUGCUGAAAUCAUGGACGAGGCUGAUGCGAAGAAAGUGACUGGGAACUGCGUGGACGACCUGGGGACAGGUUGUGUGUUCCUCUUCUUGCAGUCGGACUAUCCUGAGCUGCUCUCUGUCUAUAAGGACCCGGACAGGAAGUUCAGCCUUUUCAAGGUCAUCAGGCUAACACUGUCAGAUGCCACCGGCGGCCUGGACGGGUACGAGAUCCUGAAGCUGCACGACGCCGACCCCCGGCUGGGGGUGGAGAUCAAGUUUGUGGAGCCGGGGGCGUGCCGGAGGUUCCUGGAGAGCUACGCAAGCGGCGCCCUCCUGCAGCUGUUCACCCAGCACGCCAGCCGCGUGCUGCCCGGGGCGGGCGAGCUGGUCACGCACACCCGGCUCCAGGCCGGCGACAGCCUCCUGGACGACUUCCUGGACGACCAGGACCGCUGCCUGCGCCACAUCAGCCUGAUAAAGCCUAACCGCCUGCCCGACGACGAAGUGUGCCUCCUGGAGCAGCGGCUGCAGAGCCUGGUCUUGUCUGACAGGAGCCCCUCCCACGCCACGCAACCCUCGGCCCUCAAACAGGAAGUUCCCUCCGUGCCUAGUAACUGCUUCCUGUUUCAGGAGCAAGUAUUUGACGACCGGCAGCUGACGGCGGCCGACCACCAGCGCUUCGCCACCAGCGUGGGGCGGGACUGGAAGAAGGUGGGGCGGGCGCUGCAGAAGAGCUGCCGGGCCCUGAAGGGCCCCGCCAUAGACAACCUGGCGUACGAGUACGAGCGCGACGGCCUCUACGAGCAGGCCUACCAGCUGCUCAGCCGCUUCAUCCAGGCCGAGGGCAAGAGGGCCCGCCUGGGCCGGCUGGUGGGCGCCCUGGAGGAGACCAAGCUCAUCGGGGUCGCCGAAAUCAUGCUGGACCUCCCCCCGAGGGAGUGACCCCCCCCCCCCCGCGCGUCAUUCAGCGCCUGCGCGCGUGUGUGUGUGUGUGUGUGUG